GACGGCUUUGAUACAGAAAGUUUUACCGCAGCCACAUUUUAAUUAUCCGGGCGACGUGUUUGCAGCAGCGGGUUGUAGCUGUACCUAAGGCUGCUUUUGGCAUCUUUCAGUUCCCUUUAUACUUUCGAAAAGCAGCGCGUUCGCUCUGAAUGCGUCACAGCGUAAGUGACCGCAUGAAAACGGAGAGCUCAGCUUUCCAUCUGCUGUGGACUGUGGUAGAGCGGGGGUUUGUGUGGCGGUUGGCGAAUUGUGGGUGGUCGUUGAUUCGCUAACGCUAGUGUUGCGUCCGCAUUACACGUGGAGCAUGUGCUCUUUGUUGGUGUAGCGUAUAUACAGUGUUUUUGGUUAUAGAGUUUUAGUGUUAAUUGUAUGUUUAUUGUAUGUAAUUUAAGAAUCGUCUGCAUGGCUGAAAUCUAAAACGUGCUCGAACUAGAUUCAAGUAUAGUAGUCGGUUUUCAGCUAAAUUGGGCACUUGAGAUAAACAAAGCCAGAGCCCACAGUGAGUCCAAACCAACAUGCCAGUUAGACGCUUUGGGGGUCACAGGUCUUUGGUCUCUCAUUCUCAGUCCCCAAAGCUGUCCUAUGGUUACACGAAAAUGAACAUUGCCAGAGGUGGCUACCGUGUUUUUUCUGCCAACUCCUCCGCCGCAUGCACCGAGCUGGCCCAGAAGAUAACAGAGCGUUUGGGGGUGGAGUUGGGCAAGUCAGUGGUUUAUCAAGAGUCAAAUUCAGAGACUAGAGUGGAUGUGAAAGAAUCUGUCCGUGGACAAGACAUCUUUAUCAUUCAGACCAUUCCCAGAGAUGUCAACACAGCUGUCAUGGAGCUGCUGGUUAUGGCUUAUGCCCUAAAGACGUCCUGUGCCAAGAACAUCAUCGGGGUCAUUCCCUACUUUCCUUACAGCAAGCAGUGCAAGAUGAGGAAGAGAGGCUCCAUUGUCUGCAAGCUGCUAGCAUCCAUGUUAGCAAAAGCUGGGCUAACUCAUAUCAUCACUAUGGAUCUUCACCAGAAAGAAAUCCAAGGCUUUUUUAACUUCCCCGUUGACAACCUGAGAGCUUCCCCUUUCCUCAUCCAGUACAUUCAGGAGGAGAUCCCAAACUACAGGAAUGCUGUCAUUGUUGCAAAGUCCCCCUCGGCUGCUAAGAGAGCUCAGUCCUAUGCUGAGAGGCUGCGACUUGGGCUGGCAGUGAUACACGGGGAGGCCCACCACUCAGAGUCCGAUAUGGCUGAUGGUCGACAUUCUCCCCCUCUGUCUCGAGCUAUCACAGGACACACUGGCCUGGAGCUACCAUCAAGCAGCAGACAGGUCCCAUUCCCUGGGAUAGAGCUCCCAAUGAUGAUGGCAAAGGAGAAGCCCCCUAUCAGUGUUGUUGGCGAUGUAGGAGGCCGAAUUGCCAUCAUUGUUGAUGACAUUAUAGAUGAUGUGGAAGACUUUGUUGCAGCAGCAGAAAUUCUGAAGGAGAGGGGAGCGUACAAGAUCUACGUCAUGGCUACACAUGGCUUGCUGUCAGCAGAGGCUCCGAGACUAAUAGAAGAAUCUGCUAUUGAUGAGGUGGUGGUGACCAACACUGUUCCCCAUGAGGUCCAGAAGCUUCAGUGUCCAAAAAUCAAAACCGUGGAUGUCAGUAUGAUCUUGGCUGAGGCGAUCAGACGCAUCCACAACGGAGAAUCCAUGGCCUAUCUGUUCCGCAACAUUGCUAUGGAUGACUGAGGCGACACACACGUACAUUUAGGCUACAUCAUUAAUAAGCACAUACACUGAGGACCAAGAAUCCAGUUUACUUUAAGCUCGGCUUUUAAGCUGUUACAGUUUGUUUUCCUGUUAAUCCUUAGAGAAUAACUGACUCUGUGUACUGUAUGUUACAUAUGAAACUCAGACUUUGCUUUAUUUCUCUUAUCUGUUACACAGAAGAACUGUAUACACUACUCAAUGGUUUCACUUCGCUAAUGUGUCCUUCAUACAGUCUGACAACUUAAAUGUCACAAAUGAUGUAUCACGUGGACCCUCUCAUUACACUGUAGCGUGUGGCAAAUAAAGCUGUUCUUCAUGGGG